AUGACCUCACAGGAGAUGCUCCAGGAGUCGGGGCAGUCUCCUGCCGCUGGCGUUAUAAGCCGCGGCGUCAGCCCCUCCCCUCACCUCCACCAACAUCACCAACAUCACCAACAGCAGCAACAGCAGCAUUUCACGGAUGUGACAUCUGGCUUGACUCUCGAUUCCUCAAUCGCUGCUGCUGCUACCACCUCCUUCCCUUCCUUUGAUCCAAAUAUCACCGGUAGUCUCACCACCGGUGCCGAUUCGUACGGGUACACUGCCGCCGGUUAUCUGUCUGGGACCCCUGCCUCGCAGAGCUUGUCUCCGCCGACCGACCAGAACUACGCGCACAGCCUGCAGGUAUCGCAGUCGUUCGACACUGGGCUGGUCCCUCAGUUCAACCAAUCGCCAGGCGUGCCGAUGCAGCAGCCGUCGCAGUCGUCGCAACAGCAGCAGGCCAUCGAAGACAACUUCUCCAACCUUCUGAACUCCAGUUCCACCGACUACGACUUCUCGGCGGUCUACUCGAAUCACAGCCCGAGCAGCAACACGGCGCCCGAGUACGAUUCCUCCCUUCUCCUCGACUCCCAGAUUCAGCUUCAUCAACAAUCCCACCCGACCGGUCAGGCCGUCAACCCCGCGGACUUGGUCACCCAGAUCCCCUCGCCGCACUCUUCCGCCUCUCCACAGAUCUCGCCUCUGGAACAGCAACAGCAGCAACAUUCCUCACCUGGCCCCAUGUCCCCCCUAGGUUCGACUCCGGGAGCCUACUAUACUCCCCAACACUCCCGCCAUGCCUCCUUAGACCCUACUGCCGCCUACCUCACGGGGAACGCGCAUACCGACUGGCAGGCGGUCAUGAACAACAGCAAUGCCUUUCAGGGACACCGACGCGCCCCAUCGGAGGUCUCUGAGAUUUCCUCCGCCGCGCCUUCACCCUAUCUAUCACAGCAUGAGUCUUUCGAUGGUGUUGAUAAUAAUCCUUCCCCCCUCUUGGCGGCCCAAAAUGACCCCAGUCUCUAUGAUAAUGCGCUGGGUAUCGAGAACUUUACAUUAUCUGACCCCCACCAUCAGCAGCAGCGGCAGCACCAGCACCAGCACCAAGGAUUUAGCCCGGCGCAUAGCCCUUACAUUUCCCCUCAGUUGAUGCCGCAGCAGGGGCAAGAAAUGAUUCCCAACGUGCCCUAUCUUACCGCCCCGACUCCAAAUGCACAGUACCCGACCCCCCCGAGUGACCUGUAUCCGAAUGGUCCAGAGGGCAUGGGCAAUCUGGCACAGGGCAACCUCUCUGGAGACAUUGGCCAGGCCUCCCAAAUGGCCCCGCCGUCCAUCAACGUGGAGUUUGCUCCGCCGUCACGGAUCCCCAGCUUUGGACCAUCGAAGCCGGCGGCCAAUUUCGAUACCUUGAGUCCUCCCCCGUCAUCAACACGCUCGCGUGGACGAAGCAAAUCCGAUCCGUAUGCCCACCAGACUACUCGCCUGCGCUCCUCGUCGACCUCGAGCAGUCUGGAGCCUCUGGCUCCUAACACUCCCCGAUCGCUAUCCCCGUUCGACUCCAUCGGCCGCCAAUUGCAGAGCAACCCGAGUUCUCGAGAGCCAUCGCCAUCCAGAUCCAAUCGGCGUCUCUCAACCUCAUCGAUCGACAGCCGCAACUACAUCCUCGGCCUCGCCGACCCUCUCCGGCCUGGUGCGAGUCCGAGCGACUCCAAACGCGUCCAGAAGCACCCAGCCACGUUCCAAUGCACUCUCUGCCCGAAGCGCUUCACCCGGGCAUAUAACCUGCGGUCUCACCUGCGGACUCACACCGACGAGCGGCCUUUUGUUUGCACCGUAUGUGGUAAAGCGUUUGCUCGGCAGCAUGACCGUAAGAGACACGAGGGGUUGCACUCGGGCGAGAAGAAGUUCGUCUGUCAAGGAGAGCUCUCGCGUGGUGGGCAGUGGGGGUGCGGUCGCCGAUUCGCCCGUGCGGAUGCCUUGGGGCGUCAUUUCCGAUCGGAGGCUGGUCGGAUUUGUAUCAAGCCGCUGCUGGAUGAGGAGUCUCAAGAACGGGAGCGUGCCCUCAUGAACCAGCAGCAACAUCAAUUGCAGCCUAUUCCGCAGCCACUCAUGAUCCCGCUGGACGGCUCCGCAGCCGGUAACUUUAUCUUGCCUGCUGCGCUGCUGGCUCAAUAUCCGGCACUUCAGAACCUGCAAUGGGAUCAACUUGCAGCCACGGCGGAUGAUCCGAGUGACAUCGGAGGCCGCAGCAGCUUCGACGCCAGCUCUGGCGGUGAGUUCGGCUUCGAGGACGACGAGUCCGGCAUCAGCAGCGUCUCCGGCAUGAGUGCCGGAUAUCCCGCCCAGCCGGGUAAUUUUUACGGAGUCCACCCAGGUCAGAUGAUAGGUGGCUCUCCUGGCGACCCUGGGUACAUCGACCCUGAAUGGAAGGGCUGA